AUGAGUGUGGCGGGAACGCCUCAGUUCAGCGAACUGAGCGAGGAGAACCAGAACAGCGGUGAUGGUUUGGCAAAAAAGUCGCCGAAUGGUCUAGAAAUGACCAAAACGAGCUUUGCGUCAGAGAAGGAUACCGGAGCGAGUUGGAUGAGCAGCACUGGCUCGCGGGCAACAACCCACCUUGAGUGUUUCGAGUUUUUCGUUGACGGAAAUAGGAAACUUCGAAGCAUAAGCCGCUUAGAGCUUCUCCGACGGGCGCGGGAGGCGAGCGCUGACCAACAAGUGGUCGCUGACGUCACUGGUCUAUCCGGAAUGUCUGAAGCAGCAGUGCUGGCUGCUGUCGGUAUUGAUGCUCAGCGGCCGGGCGAGGAGCCUCUCGGCAAGAAGGAGCGGAAGCGCAUCCGCCGCUAUUUGAAGGGGUUUCUACAACCACGCGACAUCCGCCAGGUCGAUCCCGCGUUUGAUGCGAAACCAGCGAUCUGGGUGCGGCGAAACGUCAUCGUCUUUAGUUUGGAACAUCUGCGGGCGUUGAUAUUUGCGGAUGGGCUUCUCUUGUUCAAUCCCUCGGAGCAGCGAGUUCAAGCAGCAGCGGAGUCACUGGAGAAGCGGCUGACUCUGAGCAUCAGAAACGAGGACGCAGAUCAGGAACCGUUCGAGUUCUGCGCUCUAGAUGCGUUGUUGAGUCUCGUUCAUGAAUACAUCGAGAGCGACCUGAGUGAUUUCGAACCCAGCAUGUACACGCUGCUGAACGAGCUCACCCAUAAGCUGAGCGCGAAACGUCUCGAGCGCCUACGUGUCCUGAAACAGGACCUCAUGGCUCUUGUUACCCGAAUGGAUGGUGUGCGUGACGUGCUGCAGGCAUUGCUUGAAGAAGACGAAGACAUGUCCAGAAUGUAUCUGACGGAUAUUGCCAGACAUCCGAGCGUCACCCGAUCACCACUUGAUCACGAAGAUGUCGAGCAACUGCUGGAAUCCCAUCUCUAUCAGAUCGAGGACGCACUGCGACGAACGGAUUUACUGGCUGCAGCGGUGGACCACACCGAGGAUCUGGUGAAUAUCCAACUGGGGACUUUGCGAAACCGCUUACUCAUGGUUGACGUGACACUAAAUAUCAUGGAGGCAGUGUUCACGGCAGUCGGUUUUCUGACCGGGCUCUUCACGAUGAAUCUACAGGCCCCAUUUUUCAAGCUGGAUAACGGAGGGACGCGCUGGUUUAUCGUUGUGGUUGUGCUGAACUCCUCGUUUGCAAUCGUAGCCGUGUUUCUGCUCAUUCAAUGGGCCCGCAGAGCGCGCUACCUAAAUGGUUGA